AUGGCGGAAAGUCAUCCGCCGCUGAAGCGCCGGCGAGUCUCGAGCACCACCUCGAAACAUCCACAGCCCGCGGAGGAAGAACCGUCACCGGGUGCAAAUGAGAUAACUCACCCAAAUCCAAUUGAUUAUCAGGAGUCUCAACCACUCCCUCCGCAGAGCUACAAUGGCAUCAGUCACAGUUCUCCCGCAUCGGGAGGGCCAUUUCAGUCUCCAGGAAGUUGGUAUCAGGAUGGCUUCUCUCAAGAUCCAGGUUUCCUCGCGUCCCAGGAAGAACUACGAUGUAUCCUUUUCUCGUUAGCUUAUUCUGCUGCUCCAACGCGAGCACCAAGCCCCGAUGCCGGGAUAUUAGAUAGGCUCGGUGACAGAGGGACGGAUCCACUAAGCAUUGACAUGAUGUCCCAAUCUCACCGGGAAAGGCAGCGGGAAGAGUCUCACCGGUCGCCUUUUUCAAAUAGCAAACGUAUCAAAUAUCUGAAGAACUACGUGACCGAGGUGGCUCCAUGGCUGGACAUGUUCGACUCGCAAUGCACGUUCCGUCAGCAGCUUCCGGCACUAGCGCGGACAUUUCCCGCUCUGUCUUACGCCAUUCUCGCCUUCUCGGCACGGCAUAUGGAACGUAAAGAGGGUGUUCAGGACUUGUUCGAUAGCCUUGAGCUAUAUCAGGAAGCAAUAAGACUCCUAAGCCCGGUACUACAGGUGCGCGAUCCGAAGAUCGUAGCCGCAUGUGUGCUGCUUUGCUGCUUGGAGAUGAUGUCCGCCCGAGCGCAGGAUUGGCGCCGUCAUCUCGAGGGUUGUGCUGCUUUAUUUGAUGCCUUCGAGAUUCACGGAUUUAGCAACGGGUUACUUCAAGCUGUGUUCUGGUGCUAUGCGAGGAUGGAUCUUUGUGGCGCACUCAUCUCGGAUGGUACCCAAACUACGCUUCUGCAUCCUUCCAAAUGGCUUCCCCCGGGCUACCAAGAAGAGGAUGCAUAUCAAUUGUUCCAGGAUGCGAAAUCGCCUGACAUGCAUGCCAAUUAUGCUGUGUAUCUUUGUAUGAGAGCAACUCAGCUCGUCUCAGAUCGCACCAAAUUUGUGGAGUUGCAUGAACAGAACGGCUGUAACCUGGAAACAUUCUGCUUGCGUUGGGUUCGGUUAUGGGACGACCUACAACGAUGGUUUUCGGAACGGCCGAGCGAAUUACUGCCAGUCCAGACGGUCAACCGUAAACCCUUCCCACAUAUUUUGUUUGUUCAGUGGGCUGCCAUUUCUUCAAACCAGCUUUACCAUACGGCAUGCCUCCUGUUACUCAAAAUGAUGCCGAAGGGGGUCAGCUUGCCACGAUCACCCAGUUUGUCCAUGUUGUGGCAUGCGCGACGAAUCUGUGGUAUCUCUCUAGCAAACCCGCAUCAGGGGUGCCUCAAUAACGCCUUGCAGCCUCUGUGGAUUGCAGGGCGCUUAUUUAGCCAUGCGUCAGAGCAUAAGGAGAUCACAAAGCUGAUCCGAGAUAUUGAAGCUGAAACAGGAUGGGGGACGUGUUGGCGGAUUCGAGAUCUGGAUAUUGCUUGGGGCUAUAGUACCCGCCGGCGCACAUCAAGCGAUCAUGAUCAACAGUUCUCCACUUCCCGUGAACCGCCGCGCGUCUAA